UGCUCUCCCGUGGAGCUGUUUUCUACAGUAGAGUAAGAGUCCAGUGCAGGGCUGGUCUUCUUUAAAUCACAUGAGGAACCAUUUUAAGGCGGAGGCUGUUCGCUCUGUGCUUUCUGUUUCAUUCUUAGACUGCAGCAAUGGCUGACCAAGAGCAAAACAGAAAAGAAGAAUUUCUGAAAACUCAACAAGGUUUCAGAGAAAAUGCCUACAAGAUUAUCAUGAAGAUGGAUGACUGGUCUAACAUGGCCCCAGGAAGUAAACACUUAGUGGAUGAGAUUCUUCACAGCAUCUUCUUUUUGGGCAAAAUCAACAAAAUCCCUUUUUCUCCAGAAGAAAUAAUCUCUGAUGGUGAUAUUUUGAAAGCCUUAAAGGAAAAAUUUCCCAGACCUUUUCAAUUCUAUCUGACUCAGCUUCCCAGACGGAGUCCGUUCUCCUGUGUGCUCGACAUGAUUGUCCUGCUGAAGAAUCCAGAGAACGAAGAGCAAAUAAGAAAGAGUCUGCAAGAACUCAUCAAAAACCUUGCUCCACUUUUUCUGGUCUCCUCCACCAUCUGCAUUUCCCAGAAAUCCAAAACCGACCAAAAUUCAGAGAGGUACUACGGAGUCUCCAUGUCCACCAACGGUCCUAACCCGGGGAAAAUUGUGAUUGCUGCCUCCUGUCUUAGCAAAUGGGAUGAAUAUGUAUCUGGUGCAGUGAUGACCUAUUAUCCAAAAAAGGUCAAGAAAGAUUACUUUGAUGGAACCAUUGAAGUACCUGGAGACAUCAGGUGUGAGGCAUUUAAUCUCAGUAAUGAUGAAAAAAUGAACCCUUGCAGAUCAUGUCACAAUUUGUUUGGCUUGAACACAGACGACACCAAAGACUGGCCUUUGGUAACUGUGCUGAACCCGAGAGCCUGAGCAACUUGCUUACA